AUGCUAAAUAAAUCCUCUCCACUUUGUUACCUGGAGGCUGAAUCAUCACUGUCGCUGCCUCCGCCGCUUGACAAUUCACACACAACACACAGAGAUAUGAUCAAAUCAAACUCCCCUGCUUCAAUAUCGUUCGGUUCAGUUUCUGAAAUUAAACUUCAAACUCAAACUGAGGGAAUUAAUGGAUGGGAAGGUGUUUGCGCAGAGGGGGAAGGGUGGGGAGGGGGAGUACCUGGCUAUAGCGGUGGUAGUGGCAGUGGCUCUGGCUGUGGCUUUGAUGGUGGUAACACUGACAUAGAGAGAGAAAGAAGUGAAGAGGAAAUGAAGAAGAAGGUAAAAAAAAAAACUGAAGGCAUGGAUGUAGCCGCCUGUUGUCUGACAAUGGGUGUAGGGGUGUCAGACGCUUCAAUUUAA